CGCAUUUUAAAGAAACCGGACCUACAGACCGAAACUCCGACCCAAGGCACGCCUGGAAUUGAGUCCCAGUGGGCGCUAUCGAGACGCCGAGACCGAAUUGAAAAUGUUGCCUUUAUGUACCGAAAAGGCAAUGUGUGGCUUCAGAAAGCCUACGAUCCAACAAAUGAGCUCUUCGUUAAAAAUUUGACAAAGAGCCCUGACUUUAUGGACCUCUUUGAUUCCAUGCGUGGCCUCUAA